ACGUUUUAUCCGGGAGGGAGGAGACUAGAACAGGUUGGGGAACGGAAGAUAUGAGAGAAGGUUAGAAUUCAGAACUCGCGCUGAUUGCAGCAAUAUGGGAUAUAAGAAAAGGUUGGGAUUCGGGACGUUUCUCACCGUGCUGAUUGUGCUGGCGGCGAUCUAUUAUCGCAACACCGAUGACAUUCUGCAAAAACGAUUACUGAUCCUGUUACAUGGCCUCGAGAAGCUCGAGAACAAAUACGUCAUCACCAGUAAACCAAAAGUCGCCAUUGGUUAUGGCGUGUGCACCGAUGUUUUCAUCGACGCGAAACAUCUGCUAAGGUAUUCAGAUGAGGUCGGCCGACCUGAACACUUCGACGAGAUCAACAGCGAGCUUGAGCUACUCAAGAGCUUCGCCUAUUAUUUUCGUCAUGGAGCCGCAGCAGAACGCUAUAUGGCAAACAGAACUUUAUUCGAUGAAUUAGUAUUGAAAGCACGCUCAUUUCCAUCGUCUUACUCGACAAUUGGAGGAAAUGCAGCAGUUAUGGCAAUGCGAUUCGCGCGAGAGGGAUGUGAUGUGACUCUCGCGGCUAAAAUGACCAGAUCCUUACAUCAGAUGAUUCCACAAGUAAUAAAUAUAGUAGGUGGGGAAGUGAAACGUGACGAUAUUCAUCUUAUCAUGGAAUAUAAACACGGUGAAGUGUGGGGUCCUUAUUCCAGUGCAAGAGCAAAUAGAUAUAUUGUUCAUAACGAUGUGAAUAAUCCAAUGAUUAGCUCAUUUGAUGCUUUUGACAAAGUUCUGGGAACAUAUGAUCCCGAUUUAUUGGUAGUCAGUGGUCUCCAGAUGAUGGAUAAUUAUCCAUUUCGAGAAGACAAACGCAAAAAUCUGCUAAUGAACGUAAAGAAACAGAUGUUAGAUCGUCCGAGCUCUACCAGAAUUCACUUCGAAAUGGCCUCAUUUGCUGAGGAUAAAUUGCUCUUUGAAUUGUGCGACCUAGUAGUUCCUUUCGCUGAUAGUUUGGGGAUGAACGAACAAGAAAUAGCGAAUUUGUACAAUACUAUGUAUUACGGUAACAUCUCGUUAGUGGCCAAUUCGACUCCACGUGUUGCAACGGUGUUAGAUCAAAUGAGAACGUUAUUCAAACUUAUACGUCUGAGAGGCAAGUCAAUCGCGAAUUCUAGAGAGCUCACGAGAAUUCACGUUCACACGCUGGCGUACCAAGCCAUAUUUACCGUCAAGGAUUCCGUUUGGAAGAAUACUAUAGCCGCUGCUGCCAAAGCAUCACUGACUGCGCAUAGACAUGUAUGUGCAUCGAGUAACGUUGACGUGAAGAAAGCGACACUGAUCAUGGAUGAUAGUUUUUCGACAUCUAUUGUUGACGGUACUCGAAUAGCUUUGAACAUCGACAAACCAGUGUCUUGUUGGGACGAGAUAUUAAAAGUAGAGCAAGAGGAUAUUUCUAUUCAGGUGUGCGUCGCUCCUGUAUUGGUUUGCACGCAAGCUAGUCAAACGGCAGGUGGCGGAGACAACAUUUCCAGCGCAGGCCUAGUACUUCAGAUCUAAAGUAUGGAUUCAUCGAAAUGACGGGAUCGUUAUACUACACCGCCGUGUUCGCAUUACGAAUUAUAUUCCCAUUCAUUGUUUAUACGUAGAUAAUGAACAAAAAUCCUAAAGUAGACCUUUAAUGAUGUUCGUAGCACGUGAGAUUCUAUACAUUGGUUUUUACAUUCCAUUUGACUACGAACAAGAUAGAGUGGACACAUAGGACUAAUUACACAUCGCUAAACUAUAUAAAGCACGGUUUAAUUUUUUUAUGCACUUGGGUGCGUUUUAUCGAAUUGUGACGUUCUGCCUAAUACAACUAUCGAUAGCAAUUUGGUACUAACGUCAAUGUUUACGAACAUUAUAUUGUUAUUCUCGCAUUUGUAAACUAAUUUUAAUCGAAAACAGUUCAUUCCGAUGUUAUAUUACUUAAGCUAAUCAAUGCUCUGUGUAGAUUAAGCGUUUUUACAAAAAAACAAAAAAAUAUAAAAUCGUGAGAUUUCCUAAGUACUGAAAACUUGAGUAAAAUGGAUAUUUAAGAAUUUUAAUAGUGCCAUGUGACCUAUAUUUAACGAUAGAUUCAACGAUUUCGCAAUAUAUUUCAUAAUUAUGAUUAGCUUUGCAAAGUAGAGGCAAUGUGAUAUUAUCUUUAGGAAUCAAUCAUAAGAUUGAACUUAAAAAAAUCAAAAAGAUUAAAAAGAAUAAAACGAAAUAGAACAAUUGAAGUGCUAAGAUGAUCGCAGACCGAUACAAGCCUUUACGAUCGAAAAUUUCCUAAAAAAAAAAAAGUAAGUAAAAUUAGUAGU